GAGCAAUCUUUGUUUUUGUGAGUAAAGUUAUGUUUUUUGGGCCAUUUUGACUUCACUUUCUGUUCCAACCAACAAGGGACUUCCAAAACCGCAUCCUCUGCUUUUUACAUCCAGUAUAGACACAAUGGCAUCUGCUGCAGUUUGGAAUGCAGACAACGGCUUCGUGGACGGAAUUCUGAGAGGAUACAAGUCUGGAAUCCUUAAUUCCUCCCACUAUCUCAAUCUGACACAGUGCGAAACGGUUGAAGACGUUCGACUUCAGCUUAGUGCUACUGACUAUGGCAACUUUCUACAAAACGAGCCUUCGCCAAUAUCUACGUCCACGAUCUCAGAAAAGCUUACACAGAAAUUGGUCGCCGAAUUUGACUUCCUCAGAACCCAAGCUGUCCAACCUUUGGCCAAGUUUUUAGAUUAUAUAACCUAUUCUUAUAUGAUCGAUAAUGUCGUGUUGCUGAUCACCGGAACUUUGCAUGAGCGCGAUACUCACGAACUUUUGGAUCGUUGCCAUCCUCUUGGCGUGUUUGACACUAUGCCAGCACUUUGUGUAGCAACUACCGUGUCUGAACUCUACAACACCGUCUUGAUCGAAACCCCUUUGGCACCCUACUUUGCCAACUGCCUCAGUGCUCAGGAUUUGGACGAAUUGAACAUUGAAAUCAUUCGCAACACAUUGUAUAAAGCCUAUCUUGAAGAUUUCUAUGAUUUUUGCCAAAAGAUCGGUGGCCCCACAGCUGAGAUUAUGGGUGACAUCCUUCAGUUUGAAGCCGAUCGACGCACUAUCAACAUCACAAUCAACUCUUUCGGUACUGAGCUUCCCAAAGAGGAUCGAAAAAAACUAUAUCCCAACAUUGGUAGAUUGUUCCCAGAAGGAAAUGCUGCCCUUGCAACAGCUGAUGAUAUUGAUCAAGUAAAGACAGCUUGCGAAGUCUUUUCGGAAUACCGAGUUUUCUUUGAUCAAGCCGUCAGCGAAUCGACUAUGGAAGACAAGUUUUUCGCACAUGAAGUAUUCUUGAACCGCCUCGCAUGGCAACAACAGUUCCACUUUGGAACCUUCUAUGCGUAUGUUAAAUUGAAGGAGCAGGAAAUUCGUAACAUUGUAUGGAUUUCCGAGUGUAUAUCUCAAAACCAAAAGGACAGAAUUUCAAGCUACAUUUCUAUAUUCUAGAUAGAAACUUUUUUUUAGUUUUCGAAAUCAACACUUCCUAUAAAAAAAUCGAAUUAAACAUCUUCCUCAUUUGCACCUACGCUUAAUUCCAUCAUUUUUGAAGUA